AAAGGAGUGUAUGCAAUGGGAUUCAACAGGCCAUCGAAGAUCCAAGAAACUGCAUUGCCUUUGAUGCUUGCACAUCCCCCACAGAAUCUAAUCGCUCAGAGCCAAUCUGGCACCGGAAAAACUGCCGCUUUUGUCCUCGCCAUUCUCAGCAGAGUAGACCCCCUGAAAAAAUUCCCACAGUGCAUCUGUCUCAGCCCUACCUUCGAGCUGGCUUUGCAGACGGGACAAGUGAUUGAACAGAUGGGAAAGUUCUGUGAUGGCAUUGAAGUUGUCUAUGCCAUACGUGGAAACAGACCGUCUAAAGGCUGCAGGAUAGAAGCGCAGAUUAUUGUCGGGACCCCGGGAACCGUCAUGGAUUGGUGCUUCAAGCUGAAGCUUGUGAAUGCAGAGAACAUAUGCGUCUUUGUCCUGGAUGAAGCGGAUGUCAUGAUCGGAGUUCAGGGUCAUUCUGACCAUAGCAUGCGUGUGAAGAGAGCAAUGACACCGAAGUGCCAGAUGCUCCUGUUUUCUGCUACGUUUGAGGAUACCGUGUGGUGUUUUGCCGAGAGGAUUGUGCCAGACCCGAACAUCAUAAAGCUGAGGAAAGAAGAGAUGACACUUGAUAAUAUCCUGCAGUUCUACGAUGCCUGUGAGGACCGAGAUCAGAAGUUCUCAGCGCUGUGCAACAUCUACAGCACAUUCACCAUUGCUCAAGCAAUAAUAUUUUGCCAGACCCGCAAGACGGCUAAAUGGCUUUCCCAUGAAAUGCUGAAAGACGGGCACAUGGUGGAGCUUCUGAGCGGAGAGCUUACAGUGAUAGAGCGAGCCCACAUUAUCCAGAGAUUCCGCGAAGGCAAAGAGAAAGUUCUCAUCACCACAAACGUCUGCGCUCGAGGAAUUGACGUGGAACAGGUGUCAGUCGUGGUAAAUUUUGAUCUGCCGUUGAACUUCAAUGGCUACAUUGAUUAUGAGACUUACCUUCACCGUAUCGGACGCACCGGCAGAUUUGGCAAGAAGGGCAUCGCCAUCACUCUUGUGGAGAAAUGCUGCUUGUACAUGCUACUCGACAUUGAACAACAUUUUGGGACAAAGAUCAAGAGAAUCAACACUGGAAAUGUGGAUGAGCUUGGAAAGGCCCUGCCAUUGGGGAAUCUGUGA